GGUUUCAAAAUGCCUCUUUUGUUCUUUCUGUGGAUAUUAUGACCAGAAGUUAAUGGGGAUGUUUUCAUCUGAAUGUCACGUGUUUGGUUUGAACCGCUGUUGUGACUCUUGGAAUGAAAUGGAGGAGAGGUGGAUGGUUCGAUACCUUCAUCCCUUUGCUCCUGACUGGAUCAGCUGAUCCUGGGAUUGAUGACAGAUAAAGCAAGUGUUCUGCCUGAACUUCUGCCUGCCAUGGUUUUUAUCUUCCUGCCUUUGAGCUGCCAAGAGCUGUGCUCUGUCCAGGUUUCUUUUAGUCCCAGAUGAAGCAUCAUGGCCCUUCCGCAGCACAGGUAUACAGCAUGGCCCAAACCGAGAAGAAAGGUGGGCUGCUCCGGAAAUCUUCAGCCUCCAAGAAGCCAUUGAAAGAGAAAGUUGUGCUGAUGUAUGAUGAGAUUUUCAUGACAGAGGACCCCAGUAAAUGCAACCCCAGGUUUUGGGAAGAGCUGUUUCUCAUGAAGGUCAACUUGGAAUAUCUAGAAGGCAAGCUGGAGGCCCUGGAUGGGGAAGAAUUAAUGAAGAUAAAAGAUAACAUCAACUGCUUGUUCCAGCACUGCAUCCAGGCUCUUGGUGAGGAGCACCCAAUCAGAGUGGUCAAUGCACUACAGACUUUGUGUGCAUUGAUUCGUGGUGUCCAUCAGAAGAACAAAUCCACCUCUGGGUUUGACAUAAUCAACAUGCUUGUGGGUUUUGAUAAGGCAGAGCUAUGUAUGAAGAAUCUGAUGGAAAGCUUGGACUCACUCCUCUGUGCAGAAGGUUCUGAGAGCCUCAAAAGUUUGUGUCUGAAGCUACUUCUCUGCUUGGUGACGGUGACAGAUAACAUUAGCCAGAACACCAUCCUGGAGUAUGUGAUGAUUAACAGUAUCUUUGAAGCUAUUUUACAGAUUCUGUCCAGCCCGCUUAGUCGCAGGGAACAUGGCUAUGAUGCUGUUGUCCUUCUUGCCUUGCUCGUCAACUAUAGAAAAUAUGAGUCAGUGAAUCCCUACAUUGUGAAGCUCUCCAUCGUAGAUGAUGAGCCCACACUCAAUGGAAUGGGACUUGUUAUUGCCCAGGCUUUAUCAGAGUACAACAGGCAGUACAAAGAUAAGGAAGAAGAGCACCAGAGUGGUUUCUUCUCAGCCCUAACCAAUAUGGUGGGCAGCAUGUUCAUAGCAGAUGCUGAUGAGAAGAUCUCAGUACAAACAAAUGAAGCAAUCCUUCUGGCACUCUAUGAAGCUGUUCACUUAAACAGAAACUUCAUCACAGUUCUGGCACAGAGCCAUCCUGAAAUGGGGCUGAUGACAACACCAACAAGCCCAGUUCCAACAACACCUGUCACUCCACUUGGAACCACCCCACCUUCCUCAGAUGUUAUAAGCUCUGCAGAGCUGCCUUUGGAUGCUGAUGUACAAACCAGCAACCUGCUGAUAACCUUCUUGAAGUACAGCUCAAUUGUGAUGCAGGACACAAAAGAUGAGCACCGGCUGCACAGUGGCAAGCUUUGUCUGAUUAUCCUGACAUGCAUAGCAGAGGAUCAGUACGCUAAUGCUUUCUUGCAUGAUGACAACAUGAAUUUUCGAGUAAACCUACACAGAAUGCCAAUGAGACACAGGAAGAAGGCAGCAGACAAGAACCUGCCCUGUCGCCCGCUGGUGUGUGCGGUGCUGGAUUUGAUGGUGGAGUUCAUUGUAACACAUAUGAUGAAAGAAUUUCCAAUGGAUCUAUAUGUGCGGUGUAUUCAGAUUGUGCACAAGCUGCUCUGCUACCAGAAGAAAUGCAGAGUGAGGCUUCAUUACACCUGGAGGGAGCUCUGGUCAGCUUUGAUCAACUUGUUGAAGUUCCUCAUGUCUAAUGAGACUGUGUUGCUGGCCAAACACAACAUCUUCACCCUUGCUCUUAUGGUUGUGAACCUGUUCAACAUGUUCAUCACUUACGGAGACACCUUUCUCCCCACUCCCAGCAGCUAUGAUGAGCUGUAUUACGAAAUCAUUCGGAUGCAUCAGAAUUUUGACAACCUUUAUUCUAUGGUUCUAAGACUUUCUACCAAUGCUGGUCAAUGGAAAGAGCCUGCAAGCAAGGUGACCCAUGCAUUAGUUAAUAUUAGAGCCAUCAUCAAUCACUUCAACCCAAAGAUAGAGUCUUAUGCUGCGGUGAAUCACAUAUCACAGCUCUCUGAGGAUCAGGUUUUGGAAGUGGUGCGGUCCAACUAUGACACGCUGACCCUGAAGCUGCAGGACGGACUGGACCAGUAUGAGCGCUACUCAGAACAGCAUAAAGAGGCUGCCUUCUUCAAAGAGCUGGUUCGGUCCAUCAGCAUUAAUGUGAGGAAGAACCUUGCUAAGGAAUUCUCCACGAUCUCUUGA